GCAGAAUGGUCCUACAAGUAAUGUAAUGCCGUUCCAAGUAUUCCCUUAUUUAGAAAUUGUGACCAGAUGACUGUGUAGUUGUCCAACUACGCAAGGCUUUUAACAUGUGAAUUCUUCGAGGGCAGAGAAUAAUGCACAUACGGGACAAUUCAGCAUGGAGGGACACGUCAGCUGGGACAAUGAACUAAUGAAGUGGGCAAUGUCACUUUUGCUGAACAAUCCAGAAACCUUUGUGAAAGCCCAGGCUGAAAUAGACUCCCACUUGGGAAGGAGCAGGCUGAUUGAUGAAUUAGAUAUAGCAGAGCUUCCCUAUCUGCACGGCAUCAUUAAGGCGACACUCCGAAUGUACCCAGCUGCCUCACUGCUAGUACCCCACGAGUCAUCCGAUGAGUGCACUGUGGGAGGCUUCAGAGUCCCAAGUGGCACAAUGCUUUUGGUGAACAUGUGAGCUAUACAAACUGAUCCUAUGUUAUGCAUGGGCAGAGAGCCCACGAAUUUUAAGCCAGAGAGAUUCCAAGGUCCCGAGGGACACAGAAAUGGAUUCAUGUUUUCGCCUUUCGGGGGCUGGGAUGAGGGAUUGCCCCAGGGAAGGAUUGGCAAUGAGGGUGGACAUGAGCGAAGGAACAGAACUCACCAUUCCCCAAGCUCAGUCCUUGGUGGCUAAGUGUAGACCACGACCAUCCAUGGUGAGCCUCCUUUCUCAACUUUGGUGACACGUUUUGGGUUCUUUGGUGCCUGUGAAAUGAUGAAGCAUUUGGAAUUUGCUGGACUACCAGUGAAAGGCCCAUCUAAACGCCCAUAAAAUAUUGGGCGCAUCAAAGAGAGGUUCUCGCUUUCAUUUAGCAUUGAUUCACUCAGAGAUUCCCGCUUCCAUUAAGCACUGAUUCACUCGGAAGUCGUAGUUGGUAAGGAAUUAAGUGCUAAAGAAGUAGUCUUGAUCUGUCAUUCCUCCCGCGCCCACCGUCGAUCAGGGCCUAUUUUCACUAUUUGAAAGAAAAGGCUGAGUUGCCACAAUUCAACUUUUCCCAAAAUGGUUGGGCAACAGUUUGUUUAUUACUACUCGAACCGACUAAAGUUGCUUGGUGGUGUAGGACAAUUCUGACAAAAAAAAAAGAAAAAAAGUACGAGUAACAGAGGAAAUUAAAGCAAAGUGUUGACUGACCUCCCAUGGCACAUGAUAUGAUGAGAAGAAGAUGAGAAAGAGAAACCACUUAGUUCCUUGUCCCUCCAAUUUUAUGUAAUGGAAACCGCCAUGGCACAUGACAUUUUGCUUUCCUUUUUACCAAUUUCUCUGUGUCUUUAUAAAGUCAUUUUUUUGGACGCCUCAUUACCUUGAUACUUUUAUACCUGUACUGUAGGCAUCGAGGAUUGAGAAUAGAUAUUUAGGCAUCCAUGGAGAUGCUGUACCUCUGUAUCCCAAUUUUCUUAGCCUUGUAUGUCUUCACAUGGCACUUCCUUCACAAGCUCCACAAUCUCCCACCAAGCCCAUUUCCCAUUUUGCCCUUGAUCGGCCAUCUCUAUCUCCUUAAGAAACCGCUGCACCGAAACUUAUCCAAAAUUUCGGACCGCCAUGGCCCCAUACUCUUCUUGCGAUUCGGUUACCGGCCUGUGCUCAUUGUUUCCUCACAUUCAGCUGCUGAGGAAUGUUUCACCAAGAACGACAUCAUUUUUGCCAACCGCCCCCGCCUGAUCGCCGGCAAACACCUAGGUUACAACUAUACGGCCAUCGGCACAGCUCCCUACGGCGACCAUUGGCGAAAUCUCCGGCGAAUCUCCUCUUUCGAGAUUCUAUCAUCCAAUCGUCUUCAGAUGCUUUCCGGCAUUCGCUCCGAUGAGGUCCGAACGCUGAUUUGCCGGCUUGUUAAGAAUCAAAAUCAGGUGGUGGAGAUGAAAUCCGCGUUCUUCGAGCUGACGCUUAAUGUGAUAAUGAGGAUGAUCGGCGGAAAGCGGUAUUACGGUGAGAAUGUUGGGGAGGUGGAGGAGGCUAGGAAAUUUCGAGAGAUGGUGUCGAAGGCGUUCCGGUUGGCAGGUACGAAUAUGGUAGAUUUCUUGCCAAUUUUGGGGUGGUUAGGGUUGAAAGGGACAGAGAAGAGGUUGAUGGAGCUGCAAAAAAUGAGAGACAGCUUCAUACAGAAUUUGAUAGAAGAGCACAGAAUCAAGGGGAGUAAGUGUGAAAGAAGGCCGAAGACGAUGAUUGAAGUUCUGUUAUCACUGCAAGAGACAGAGCCUGAGAACUAUACAGACGAGAUCAUCGGAGGCCUCAUGCUAUCUAUGUUAACCGCAGGAACAGAUACUUCAGCCGGGACCAUGGAAUGGGCACUGUCGCUUUUGCUGAACAGUCCAGAAGUGCUUAAGAAGGCGCAGCAAGAGAUUGACGUCCAUUUGGGACAUGAUCGUCUGAUUGAGGAAGUGGAUCUAGCCCAGCUUCCUUAUCUUCGGAGCAUUAUUAAGGAGACGCUGCGUAUGUACCCAGCAGGUCCAUUGCUAAUCCCUCACGAGUCCUCAAAGGAGUGCUUUGUAGGAGGGUUUCGCAUCCCACCAGGCACCAUGCUGCUUGUUAAUGUGUGGGCUAUACAUAAUGACCCCAAAAUUUGGGCUGAGCCCACAAAAUUCAAACCAGAGAGAUUUGAGGGUGAAGAAGGGGAGCGAGAUGGGCUCAGGUUUUUGCCCUUUGGAUCAGGGAGAAGAGGUUGUCCUGGGGAGGGCCUAGCCAUCCGCAUGGUGGGCUUGGCCAUGGGUUCACUUAUUCAGUGCUUUGAUUGGGAGAGGGUUGAUCAACAGAUGGUGGACAUGACAGAAGGGCACGGUCUCAGUAUUCCUAAGGCUCAGCCUUUACUGGCCAAGUGUCGGCCUCGCCCAACCAUGGUCAACCUCCUUUCCCAACUCUGAAUCAAUCAAGCCCCAAGCCCCCACAUGGCUAGUUUCUUAGGCAUUUCUAGAAUUGAUCGGGAAUGCGUGUGUUGUAUGUGUCUACUCCCUAUUAAAUGUUUCCUUAGAAUGUGUGACAUUAUUGUGGUAAUUAAGGAAUAAGAUUGGAUAUAAGUCGCUGUCCUUUAUUUAUGAAAGCUGGAGUGGAUUUCCUUCCCAUCCAAA